AUGGUUUUCUUCAAGCUUCUUCUCCUUCUCAGCUCUGUUGUAUGUGUCAUGGCAGCAGCUAUCGAAAGAGCUGCACCACCACCAAUGGAAGCUGGAUGCGGAGAGUUAAACAUUAUCGCAACGUGAGUUUCUUGUAAAUUAUUGCAGUUGAAAAGAGCUAACUUUUGAUACAGAGGACUUCCCCCUUUCCAUCCAAUAGUCACUCAACUGAGCUUUGAUCCAAAGGUGGUUGAGGCAGCUAUCCGAGCUGAUGCCGCAAACAUCACAAAGUUGGGAUACAAUCUCAAAGGUAAAAGAAUAUAUCUCAACAAAAGAACCCUCAAAUGCUGACCCAGAACUUUCAAGUCGUUCUUAUGGGACCGGAACAGGACUUGGACGUUCUUAGAACUAAGAUAGGUGGUACACAAUGGCAAGCAACAGGCGUUGGCUUCGGAAUGAGAGGAGCACCUCGCGAGGACACCACUAUUCGAUUCACCGGUGGGCUAUGCAAAAAUUGUGCCCCAUGUAAAUUAUUGGGGAUUUGGCUAAUAUUCAUUGUAGAUCUCGUCAAUCUCUAUCGUAGCGAGGUACCGAAUGCUCCGAUUUUGUUUGAUUACUCGCCUACGACAAUGUCUUGGGCUCUCCAAAGAGCUUUUAGACUUCCCGCUGAUUGUCAACCAGGCAAGGAUCUUGUAAGUGUUUGUUCAAUUAUCGCAGGAAAUCGAAAGGCUGACUGUAGCAAUAGGGCAUUGA